UCCAGCCACAGUUCGUCCUCUGGUGUCACUUCAGUUCACGGCUCAACAUGUAUAACUUGAUGGUAAUUUGCUUCUCAACGGUGACUCUCUUUGCCUGUGUAAAGAGUGCGCUUCCUCCACCUUGUGACAGUGAGAUCUACUGCACCGGGCCCAUCCUGCAUCAGAUGCAAACGGCUAAACUGUUCGAUGACGACAAGUAUUUUGUUGACAUGAAGCUGAGGGCUGCUCCUGAUGUUGUGCUGGCGGCCUUCCACAACCUUUCAAGUAAAUUCCCAAACAACAACGUCCCACCUGACGACCUGCGGGAGUUCCUCAAUGAGCACUUUGACAAACCGGGGACAGAGUUUGAGACGUGGACGCCGCCUGACUGGCGUGACAAGCCGAAGUUCCUGGGAGGAAUAGCAGACGAGCAGCUACGCAAGUGGGCAGGAGAGAUUCACAGUCUGUGGAAGUCACUCGGCAGAAAGAUGCAAACUGCUGUCAAAGAUCAGCCGGAGCUCUACUCACUGAUCUACAUCCCGAACCCAGUGGUGGUGCCGGGGGGUCGCUUCAGGGAGGUCUACUACUGGGACUCCUACUGGGUCAUCAAUGGGCUUCUGCUGUCGGAGAUGACAGACACGGCCUUGGGGAUGAUUCAGAACUUCCUCUACCUCGUCGACAGAUAUGGCUUCAUUCCAAAUGGUGGGCGGAUUUACUAUAAAAACCGCAGCCAGCCUCCAUUCCUCACUCUAAUGGUGGAGAGCUACUAUCAAACAACCGGGAAUAAAGACUUCCUCAGAGCAGCUUUACCGGUUCUGGAGAAGGAGUACCGGUUCUGGAUGACGAAUCGCUCCGUGGCUAUACGACUAAAUGGGAUGAUGCAUAUGCUGAACCGGUAUCACGUGGAGGCCGACUUGCCGAGGCCUGAAUCCUACACAGAUGAUCUGGAAUUAGCUGAAGGACUGACCGAUGAGCUUAAACAGCAGCUGUGGAUGAAUCUGAAGGCAGGCGCGGAGUCUGGUUGGGACUUUACUUCCCGCUGGUUCAUAGACGGUGACGGCCACAACAACGGCACCCUCAAAGAGACUCUCACCAGCCAGAUCCUGCCCGUUGACCUCAACGCUCUGCUGUGCCGCAAUGAGAAAACUCUCGCUUCGUUUCACCGGCUGCUGGGUGACGAUGACUCAGCCGCUCGCUACGACCAGGCUGCAGCCCGCAGACUGGAGGCGGUGGAGCGGGUGCUGUGGGAUGCUGAGAGGGGAGCCUGGUUUGACUACAACCUGGUGACGUUCUCCAGACACUCCGAGUUUCACCCCUCCAACCUGGCGCCGGUUUGGGCUCAGUGCUAUUCUCGGCCUGAGAUGGGAGAGCAGGCGGUGCAGUAUCUGAGGGGGAGUGGUGCUCUCGAGUUCCCCAACGGAGUACCGACGUCACUGAAGGAGUCUGGGCAGCAGUGGGACUAUCCGAACGCCUUUGCUCCUUUACAGCACAUGCUCAUCGACGGUUUAUCCAAACUGCCUUCGAAGGACGCCCAACAACUGGCAUUUGAUUUGGCCCAGCGUUGGAUCAAGACAAACUGGUUGGCCUACAUUAAGUAUGAAGCCAUGUUUGAAAAGUACGAUGUGAAUGGAGAUGGCAAACCUGGUGGUGGAGGAGAGUACGAAGUUCAGCUGGGGUUUGGUUGGACCAACGGCGUCGUCCUGCAGCUCCUGGACCAGUAUGGAGCGACCCUCACAUCAGGAGGCCGACAUGUGUCUUCUGGCUUCCUGCUGCCGCUGGUCAUCGCAGCCACGCUGGCGUUGCAGUGACUCAGAGGUGUCAGAAGAGCCCAGCUGGAGGUUGGAUUUCAUUCUUCCCAGGUUCACUCCCCCUGCAUCACCUCUGAGCGGACUUUAAACCAACACAAACUGACAUCACCAGUGAGACCACAGCGUGCAUAUUUUAACUCCUCUAAAGCCGAAUACGAUCAGGAUCCGUCUUAUUUUCAGGAGAAGCUGGAUAAGAUUCACCAGGAUUACUUUGAUGAAUAUUUUAGUAUUUAUCGUCAGAGAUAAAUGAUCCCUGGCUUUAUGAGAGGAUGCAGAUCAUUUAAGCAUUUCUGGACUCCUCUGACUAAUGCAGGCUGCUGGUGCUCGCUGCUCCUUACAUCACCACAUUAACUUGUCCCAGAUAUUGAACUGACAUUAUAAACAGUUAUUCACCUAAUUCAAUUAUAAAGUUUAUUGCUGCAGUGUGGCUGAACUCCCACGGAGCUCCUCCAUUUGCAUGCAGAUCUGAAGUCGGAAUGUAAAUGAGCUUGUGUGAGAAGUAAAAUGUGAAGCAUUAAGUAUA